AUGGCUCCGAGCAACAGCCCGCAGGAUGAUAGAUCUCCGAACAUUGAUGUGGAGAAGCGAAAGCUUCGUAAUAGAUUAGCGCAGCGAGCCUUUCGCCGCAGACAGGCGGAUCAUCUGCGGGAACUACGCGACCGUGCUGGUUCAAAUGACGAACCACACGAUGAAACGAUUCGCAAACUCCGCGAGGAGAAUGGCCGGCUUCGGAAAAGUCUCAUAGACGUGCACACAAAACUGUCCAGGAUGACUGCAAACCUGCAGUCACUAUCAGAGACAGUCUCCACCUCAAUCGAUGGGUCAAAACCGGAGAGGCCAGACCAAAACACAGACGAUUAUUCCAUUGAUUUAAAUGAUAUCCUUGGAGAAUUUGAAUCCGGAGCAAUUGAAGACGAUAUAAUUCAGAUUUCCGAACCAUCUCAUAAUUCGCAACAAAUGGCUGUUUCGCUCAGAUCUCCUCGGUCUAAAUCGCCAACCGGAAUUUGCCUAGAUCUAUCCGAAGGGCCCCAGCGGCUUUGCGAAAACUCUUCCAGGUCAGAGUCCAUCUCCGAAAGAGUCAGCAGCCUAGCCCAGGAAAUUCCUAGCAUCUGGUCCUUCGACUAUCAGAUGGGAACCGAUCCGUAUACUAGAGCUUUAUCUAGCAACCAAAGCUGCAGAAUGAGAUUGAACAAAGAUUGGACUGAUACCAAUUCCCCAUUUUCGGAUCACAUUCAAAGCUUGCGCACAACCCUUAAGAGCAAGGUGGACCUCAACACUCCAAAAACAGGACCGGCUAUGCUAUUCUUUUACCAAGAAGUCAUGAUGCUUUUAUCUCUCUUCAAUAGCCUCACGAGACCAGAUGUGAUGAAGUGGUAUGCGAAAACACGAUUUUACCAUAUCGUCAAUCUCACAGCAUGGCAAAUAAAUCCAUGCACAAAGACAUACAACUCAAUUCAUCCCCAAUAUCGGCCCACCGCAUUGCAGUUGCAGACCCCAUAUCCCAGCGUCAUUGAUUGGAUACCAUUCCCAUCAAUUCGCGACCGCCUUAUUCAACUUCACUCAGCCAACCCGCAGAUUGACCAAAUAUUUUGCGAUACCGUGAGCAGUUAUGUGGUUGAGACCUGGAUGUCUGAGUUGAUUAUGGGGGCCCCUACAAUAAAAGCCUACAUCCGUGUUACAGACAUCAUCGCCAACUUUGAUUCGAAGGUUGAAGAAGACCCUGCAAUCUUAGAGGCUGCUCUUCCUGCACCUGAUGUUGCAACCAUCUUUACAUCCCCCGUGUGUUCCAGGGCUGUUUUCAACAAGCUUAACAUGGCUUGUGGUGUGUCAAUCUAUAAGAUCGACCCAUCAUUCUUUGGAAGUUACCCGGAGCUCUAUGAUCAUAACUUCGACAUUGCAGCCCAGGGUAUUCCUUUAAGACCAGAUGUCCAGUGCCGCCUGACUUGUCCGAAGCCGCUUGAUACACAAACAUUCCAGACGUACCGUAACUUUGUCGAUUUCUCCUACGACUCGCCCAUCUGGAAGACUUGGAUCACAAAUUGA